AUGAACAAAUACGGAAAAUUCCUGGAAGAAGAAGAAAAAGCUAGCAGUGAUAGGUACGAAGAGGACAAGAAUUACGAGAAUUACGCACCUGUCACAUUCAACGGAGAUUCUACAAGAGGGGAGAUGAAAAAGCACCAAAUCAUGAGUUAUAAAGAGUUUGAAGAUAGGGUUAACGAGGAAAUUGAGAUUAAAGAUGAUAAGAUAAAUUAUAAUAGCAAGGGGAUGGGAGGAAUAAUGGAUAAUAGUGCAAUAUAAGUCAGAUGGAGCUGAUGGGAAAAGAAAACCCUUAUAAAAGCCCAUUCAAAGGUCCAGUAGUACAAAAUACCUCCUUUGAAGCAGAUAUUAGCAUGGGUAUCCAAGAAGCUAAGGAAGAGUCAAAAGAAGAGCCAAAAGAAGAGUCUAAAGACGAUUCAUUAAGAAGGAGUCUCUCUGGUAUAAAGACUUUUCUGCAAUUUAAACUAAACAAUGGGGUAACCCUGAAUACCUCUGUAAACCUUGAAACCACAACGGUUCUGAAUCUCAAAGAAAGGAUCUUUAAAGCUGACAUUGACAACGGAAAAGUAGUCAGGAUGAUUUUCAUGGGAAAAAUGAUGAAAGAUGAAAACUUGCUAUGUCAAUAUAAACUUAAGAAUAUGAGCUUCAUCAGUGUAAUUAUCUCAAAUGCUCUAGUUAGACCCGAAGGGGCCCAACCAGCUGAUGGAGAGAUUGAGACAAUCGAUGGAAAGACUGGAUUCGAUAGGUUUAUCAAAAUGCAGAACCAACUUUACACAGACAUGCAAGUUCACCAGAUGAGACUCGUCUUCCAUUCCCUAAUGAUGAGGUCAGGUGCUGAGAGAACGGAUGAAACAGCAGAUGGGCUUCUUGAAAAGGAAGAGGAAUGGCUUACAGGGACCCUGGUUAGUGACCAAACCAUUGAUGACCUGAUCGACUGUAAAACAGUUUUAUCCUGCAGGAAUGACAUUGUACUACCUACUUAUAAAAGAAUGAAUGAGCCUGUUGUUUACAAUGAGAAUACAAAAUGACUCCAUAUGCUUGGGUUUCUCCUACUCGGCUUCCUAAUGCCGAUAAUCUCUCUGAUAGUGUUCCUGUUUAUCCUAAGUACUGAGAAUGGAAAAGUAAAAGCAGUGAUGACCGGAAAUAUUAUCGCAUUUCUAGUGAUGAUCCUAUAUUUUGAAUAGUUUUCAAUGAUGA